AUGGACCUAACACCACGGCCGCCUGAGUUACCUUCAAUGGGCGCUGAUGUGACGAGUCGGAGUCAAACUUCUCUCCUCUCUGCAACCCGGGUGUAUGUGCGUAUUCGCCCCUUCAAUCAGCGUGAGCUACAGGAGAGCAGGGAGCCUCCGACGAGUACGGUGACGGUUGCUCCUCAAAAAAAUAUAGUCACAGUUUUGGAUCCAUCCAGUAAUUACAGACCUCAGCUUACGUACGCCUUUGAACGCUGCUUUGACUCCACAGCAGCGAUGGAGGACAACGACCAGGAGAGCGUGUAUCAACACGUGGGUCGUUUUGUGCUACAUAAUGUAAUUGACGGGUAUAAUGGCUGCAUCUUUGCCUACGGUCAAACAGGGAGCGGUAAGACGUAUACCAUGCUCGGGCCAUCAGGCCUGGCUACACUGGGGGCUCAGCAAGACGGGAGGCGACCUUUCUCUUGGGCGUCGACACCACGAGGGGCCAGAAAUAGAUGCACCCCCUGCACAACCCCGUCAACACUUGAUAAGUCAGUGGCACCUUCUGAGACGCUAAGUGGCACUGACAGUAUGAUCAUCGCGGAUGAUAACUCUCAAUGUAUGGAGGGUCUUAUCCCUCGUCUGGCACGUGAUAUUUUUCAGUCACUGCGUCUCAAGCAUAAAAAUAAUAGUUCCCACUCCUUUCUUGUUGAAAUUGAGUACUAUGAAAUCUAUAAUGAAAAAGUCUUUGACCUGUUGGCUGGAGAAUCCACCGGUGAUAAAAGUGAACUGCAGCUGCGGCAUCAACCAACAUGCGGCGCUUAUGUGAAGGGGCUCGUUCGGAAAAAAGUGGUGGAGGAAAAAGAACUUCGGAAAUGGAUUCGACGGGGAAGUGUGGGACGUCACACGGCCUCCACAAAGGUGAAUGAGCGCAGUAGUCGUAGUCACGCCAUAUUUUGUAUUUACGUUGUGCAGUUAACGUUGGACGAGAAUGACAACAACAGCUGUGUCACCAGUAAGUUGAACCUUGUUGACCUCGCCGGCUCCGAGCGCACAGGUGCCAGUGGGGUGGAGGGAAAACUGUUCAAGGAGGCAACUAAGAUCAACCUUUCCCUUACUGUCCUCGGACGCGUCAUUGAUGCACUUGCGGACCUUUCCACUGGGAAACGCGGCGUUUUUUGUCCCUACCGCGACUCCAACCUCACAUGGCUUCUGAUGGACUCUCUUGGAGGAAAUAGUAAAACAUCCAUGGUGGCCACCGUCUCACCGAAUUCCGCGCAUUACGAGGAGACCUGCCAAACGCUGCGCUACGCUGCCCGUGCGAAACAAAUUGUUAACAGAGCCAUAAUUAAUGAGGACCCACAAGUGCGUCAGAUAAAAGCACUGACUGCCGAAGUAGCGCGACUUCAGCGUCUUUUAUGUGAGCGGCCACGACUUGAACACAGCAAUGAUGAUGUGGAGCGGCUUCAAGAUAGACUCCUGCAGUUAGAGCAGGACGUUUCAGACCGCGACUUUACAAUUGAUGAGCUUCGGUCUCAGUUGCUGGAGAAGAAUGUUGCUGAGCUAAAAAAGCUCGAUGAUGAAAACAGACGGCUGCAACGCGAGGUGAAGGAAUUGAGGCGCACCAAUGUGACCGUGCAGCGGCUACAGAGUGAGUUAACUGCGGCUACUAAAGAAAAUGAGCAGCUUCGCGCACAGCUGGAAGUGUUGGAGAAGGAGAAAAAGGAACUGGCAACGUGCCGUUUGAUUAUUCCUCACGGAGACUCACCGCUGGAAGCCACGGCGGGAUUUGCCACAGGCAGCACACAGCUUCACCUUGGGCACAUUACCUUGCAAAACAUAAAACGUCUUGGAAUUACCACUGAAAGAUGCAAUUACGCGCGCCUGAUGGAUACCGUGACACGCUGCGCCCUGCAAGCAACAGAGCAGUACGAGGCCAUGCUGCAGAAAAACACUGCGUUGAUUGAUUCCCAUAGCUGGGCAUUGCGGGAGAGCCUGCAACGGCUAGAGAGCAAGGAGUGGGCGGUGCUUGUUGCCACGGGAGAAAAGCUUGUAGCAUCGUUUGAAAGGAAAAGUGCAAAACGCGAGAAGGAAAUUGAGAUGCAAGAGAGAAAACAAAUGGAGCUCUCGACGUCAUCAUUUCCAACAAAGCAAAAACACGAAAAGUCAGCGGUGCACUACAAGGAUGAAGCGCAACAGGCUCAGAAGGAACUCGCAAAUAUAGUCUGCACACGUAACAGAGAUUAA